UUGUUGGCCGGUUAAGCUGUGUAUUACCUGUACAAGAUGGAAAGCUGAUCGUAAAGAGAUAAAAGAAUGGCUUUCUCAAAUUUAAGACAAGGGCAACAUUACCUAGAAUGCAAUGUUUGUAAAAGUCCCGUCAUUUUAACGUGCAAAAAAUGCGCCGUAAAUUUAUGCCAUGCAUGUGUAGAACCCCACAUUCUUCUCAAAUCCAAAAAUGGCCACAAUGUUACAAAAUACAACGAACAAACCAAACCCGAAUAUGGAGAAUGCCUGACCCAUCCCCAGCAAAAGUGUAGCGCCUUCUGCAAGACGUGUGAUAUUCCUAUCUGUGUCAUUUGUGAAUCAAUAAAACAUGGAACUCAUGAUACAUGCGAAAUAUCCGAGAAAGUUGACUUAUCCGAAUUAAUCGCGACAGAAAACGAACGGCUGAAGUUAACGAGAGCAGAACUUGAGAAAAUUCUGGAACAUUUAGGUAAAAGAUCGGCAUCACUUCAACGUGUUUACAAACAAACAAAAGACAAGAUUUCAUUACAUGCCAAAAACUGGCAUAAGGAAAUUGAUAAAGCAGAGAAGGCAAUGUACAAGGAGCUAAAUGAAUUGCGAGAAAAACAUGCAAAAGUAUUACUUAAACAGAAAAAGGAAUUUGACAAAAUACUUAAGAAAUUGAAAAAUCUUGAAGAAAAAGUCGACAGUGUUGCAAAAUCCAAAGAUGCCUCUGGUUUAAUGGACUUAAAGCAUGAACUUGAGAAUCAACAGAUUCCAUCCUUUAUAGAAGAAACACGGCCAGCGUUCUUCCAACCUUGGAAGUUUAAUGAAAGUUCUAACUUCGGUUACAUAGAGAAACUACAGACACAAAAACUGCCAAUUGACGAUUUAACACAACAAUAUCAAACCUCUUCAUCACGACAAGCUCUAGAUGUACCUACAGUUCUGUCCUCAUUUGAUACAGAGUUUCCAAAGGACAAAAUAAACAACCGGCUGUAUGGCCUUGUUCCCCUCGGUGAUGACAGAGUGUGGGCAGGAGGAGCAAGUGAAGAGCUGAAGCUGUUUGAUCUUCACGGACGUCACCACGACACUGUCACCAUCACGACUAUUGGGUUGUAUCUGACUCUUUAUGAUGGACACGUGGUGUACACAGACCUAAAUGACAAGACCGUGAAGAAGGUUAUAAACGGUAAAGUAGACACAUUGUUCAGUACCGGAGAGUGGACUCCUUUCGGUAUCACCUGUACUGCGGUACGUGACUUCCUGGUCUGUCUCCGGACAACAGAUCAAACAGAGUCCAAGGUCGUAAGAUUCAGCAGUUCCGGUGACGUGCUGCAGGAAAUCCAGUACGACUCCCAUUACCAGUCUCUGUUUAAGUGGGCAGUUUACGUGGUGGAGAAUGGUAACGGCGACAUUUGUGUAGCUGACUACGAUAAAGAUGCCGUCACAGUCGUUGACAAGCUCGGAAUAUUCAGGUUCUCCUACACAGGGAACAAAGCAUCAAAUGAGAAAUUUGACGCCAGUUCCCUUAACACAGACAGCAUGCAUCACAUCAUCAUCACGGACUUUAAAGGUGACAAGAUUCACAUGCUGGACAGGGACGGCCGAUUCCUGAGGUACAUCAUUCCUGAUCAGGGGAUACGGGAUCCACGGGCCGUGUGUGUCGUUAGGGAGGGGGAGUUAAUGGUGGGGGAGUGUUUAACGGGAAUGAUCAAGAGAAUAAAGUACCUUCAAUAAAGAGUGGGUUCAUGACAAUAUGUAUACUUAAUGUGUAAUACUAGUUAUAUAUUCACAUACUAGAAUCUUAAUCAAUUGAAAAAUAAUUGCUUUUAAAAACAAGUAUCGUCGUGAUAGUUAUCCAGUUAUUUUAAUUCUUAAUAGAGAAACACCGACAUCUUACGAACGAACGUAACUCUCCCUAACUUCUCGUAUCUCGAUAGUUUUCUCGGGACCAGUAAUUGUACCCAUAAAAAGUUUAAAAUCUGAAGAAGAAAUAAGUAUAUGUGUGAAAUAGAACGGAUAGUGUUUUAACCACCUUAUCUUUGAAAAUUGCUCAUGUCAAAAUUUUUGUAAUCACUUACAAUGUUUAAAAAAAGCGAACAAAUAGAAGAAAAUACACCAUAAUACUUCAGACGGA